UGAAUGUCUUCAAACUGCUGAGAGAAAUUUAUUGGAUCAGCUAAAACAUAUGACUGAAUAUCUUCAAGUAGAUAAAAGCUAGUAAACAAGGCUAUAUCUCUUAUUGAGCGAUCAGGAGCUAAUUAGAGAAGAAAGACUAGCAGGCUUCCUGUUGUUGUGUUAGAAUUUUUUUAGUUGUUGUUUUGUAUUUUAAACUAUUGGGAUUGGCUUGUUUCUGUUCUAGUCUACCAUUAAUAUCAGUUAUCUAUAUCUAAAAGCUAGUAGUGACUUAAUGCAAGAGAAUCUAUCUGGUAAACUGUGAAACCUAAAAUGACUUUCCUUCCAAAGUGGCUAACCUUUCUGAAAGGCAAAGAGGUUGUUAUUGCUAAUGCUAUAAUUGCAAUACUGACAAUUGGUGGGCAGCAACUCUUCUCUUUCUUUACGUUCAGUUGUCCUUGUCAUGUGGGGCAGAACCUCAUCUAUGGGUUGGCCUUCCUGGGUGUUCCUGCAUUGAUUCUUUUGGUUAUUGGCUAUGCUCUGAACAACCAGACCUGGAGGCUGGUUACAGGCAAGAGGUCUCCUCUUCUAACAGAGAGCACGUGGAAUCAGUUACUACAGUGCAAACUGACCUGCUUUGUACUGUGCAGCAUCACUGGGAGAGCACUGGUUGCUCCAGUGACAUGGCUAGCAGUCACUCUGAUAAACGGCUCCUACUAUGUAUGUGCUGUGAGUGAAUAUGUCUCUGUGUACUACUAUGGAGAUAUUCCUAACGUGACUAUUAGUGAACGCCAGAGGAUUUUGGCUGCAUUUCCAUGCAGUCAGCUAGUUCCACCAGAGCUGAGCAGGGCAAGAGAUGAAGUGAUCCUCCUGCUCCGGUACCAGUCACAGGUGGCUGGCUGGCUUCUGAUUGCUGUGGUAGUCAUCACUGUCUUCCUGUCUUACUGCCUGGCAAGCUGCUUCUCCCCGCUCAGCUUCCUGCACUUCAGGUACUGGACCAGCUAUGUCCGUAAUGAGCAGGAGCUCUUUGAUGAAGCAACAGACCAGCACUCCAAGCUUUAUGCCAUGAAGCAUGUAAAGAAGUUCUUUGGAUUUGUCCCAGGAAAUGAAAAUAUAAAUGAAAUCCGUAUCCCAUCACUCAGGGAGUGGCAAGCUAUCUCUGGACUGGCCUUCCUAAAAUUAGUGGAUGAGGAGCAUUACGACUACAGUCUCCUCCAUGACUGGGCACUCAAGGACUCGGCAGACAGAAAAUAUCUGAAGCUUGAUGAAGACCCUUGACCAUAACUUAGCUGUUAGGUUCUGAUCCCCUGCCGACACCUUGUGGAAAAAUCAGGAGUGUCUAGCUCUGCUUUAGACCUGAACUGUGGUGGAGCUUUCUGAUACCUUAUUACAUAAAUUUAUUACAUAAAGGGCAUGAAUAAAUACUUUGUUAAUGUAGUCCUUCAGAUACUUAUACACUGCUCCUGAUGGUGUAUGACUCCUGUGGGAUGCAGAGGUCAGAGGCCCCACCUGACUGGGGUGGGCUGUUGCAAGCUGUAGCUUCACUUUCUAACAGUUCUGCAAAAGGGAUGAGUUUCACUGGGUAAGAAAGCUAUGCUCAAAUGCUUUCUCUUCCCUCUUGUUAAAAAAUCUUUAAUAGUAGAUUCUGAGUGAUUCGAUCCUAUGAGCCUGAUCCACUCUGUAUUAAGUAGAAGCAGAUAUCUAGCUUUGUCUUAACGACCUCCAGUAGAAAUACUUUAUUUUUCCUCUUCCACUUUCUCCUAUGAGGAUAAAACACCACCUCAACCAAGGCUGAGUCCAGAUAAAGUGGUUUGAAAACUUUCAGGGCACUUGAUAUUUUUAACAGAAUUGAGAUGCACAAGAAAAGGAGGGGUGAAUCAUAUAGCAGUUAUAGGGAGGAGGGGGUAAGGAAGG